ACUCGCGUACGUACACACGCGACCAAGUACCGACCGACGAUAUCCCAGCAACUUCUCUAAUUGGCUGGCCUUCUUGAGCCGCGAAUAUUACGUUCUACUACGACCGACAUCGCGCUUCGAAAACCGCUGAUUGGAUCGAUUCCUCGCAAAGCUUCAUUCACCUGUUUGAUUUUAUGCAUAUUUAAUGGACAAACUUUCUUAAUGCCGAGAAGUCGGCGCUGGCCGCCGGGGAAAACCUGAUUUUACCAUUGACACCGCGGGACGUUCGCCGAAACGUCAUGCGCGUAUGCGAAACAUUAUUUUAUUUAUACUUGCCGCUUUCUCGGCUUUCAAUCGCAACUUUAUAAACACGAAAUAAUUCCAUGAUUCGUGAACGAUAAUAAUGUACAUCUGCAGUGAAUGACACCGUCUCGGCGUAGUCGAAAAAUGAAAUCGUUGGUAAACGUACUCGUGUAUGAAUUUUUAGAAAUAAAUGGUACGAUAUGGAUGAAUAUCAAAAUGUUUAUGUAUUUUCUCCCCGCAUUACAAUUACUGAACGCACCUUGAGUGACGACACGCUAGGAACACUCAGGCCCUAUCAACCUAUCAAAUUAUAUCAAACUGGAACACUUUGAAAUAAUGUUCCUAACAGAAACAGGCGGCCAACUCGAGAACUUGCGUGUCUGACGAUUACGGUGACGGGUCGACGAAAGGAAGCUGGUUCCAUUUACAAACACGAUCGCCCGCUAAAUAACAUUCAAGAUUCAUUGAAAGAGGAGCUAAUUUACUACACGAUCCGAGUAUUAUUCAGUUUUUUCUUAGCCGGACUCGGUAUUGCAAACAGUUUCAACAAUGGCUGUACCAUCAGAGGAUGUUAUGAAUCCAAGCCUAAAUGAUCCUGUAACCAAAGCAGUGGUGGAUAAUAUAAUGGGUAAUUUACCCACAAAGAAACCUUUCGUUCGGUGUGACGAUUGCGAUCUAUCAUUUACAAGUCAAACAGUGUUAGAUACACACUUACAAGGUGCCAGACAUGCUAAACAGAUCAGAUCAAAGAAUAUAAUGGCAACCCUUGAAGAAACAAAAGUGGCAUUCUCAAAAGAUGAGGAAACAAAUGGACUAAAAUGUAAUGUGUGCAACGUAUGCCUAAACUCUAUACAACAACUACAAACGCAUUUGAAUGGUAUCCAAAUACAUCAAGGGAGCCGACAUAAAAAGAAAGCAAUGAGAGGUGAGUGGAGUGGCAAAGAAGUUGGAAGUCCAGUGACAUCACCUCCCAUGAAUACCCAGGACAGCUCUGCAUCGAAAGACGUGUCGCUUUCGUGCAACAUGUGCAACAAGAUUUUUAAUUCCCCAGCACAAUACAACGUGCACAUAACAUCAAAGAAGCACACUAGUAAGUUAAAGCAAGCUAAAAUUUUAAAAAAGAAAAGGUUCUUUCCAUAUUGGAAAAAGCCUAAACCUGGUGCAAAUCCCAAAAAUCUUGUUCAAUCGUUGUCAAAUAAUUUUGUACCAGGAGGUUUUACGAAUCAAACAUAGAUAAAAAUAUAUUAGAACCGAUGCAUCUAUUUUAAUA